CGGGCCGGGCAGAGCCGGCGGGGGCGGUGGGCUCACCUAUGGGACUUUCCAAAAGCAAACCCAAGUCUAGGAAAGGCGAGGAGGCAAGGGCGCGCGGCUCUUCCGUCGCGAAAACGAGGGAAAGGUCGACGGACAGGCGCUCUCCGGAGGCCGAGAAGCCUCUGACCAAGCCCGCAGAGAGCCCCCCGGGGAAGAAAGGGGCAGCCGAGGGACCGCGGCCUUCUUCAUCUGAAGUCGAAGAGAACCCUGAUGGAAAGGUAAAGGCGAGCAAGAAGAAAGCUGUCAUUCCACAGAUCAUCAUCACUAGAGCCUCAAAAGAGACUCUUACCAGCUACAGUUCCAUCGGAAGCGACGAGCAGAGAACCAUUAAGGAGCAGGUUGAAUGGACCCCCUACUACCGACACAGAAACCCCAGUACAGUAGAUGCCUAUCAUUUCCGAGAAUAAACAAGCAUUCUGAGUGGCUGGCAUUGCUCACUGUGCUCUGAGUCUCAGCCAUGAUGGCAGAAGGGCCAUCCUGCCUGUGGGAAGCUGCAGUUGCCCCUUCUGUAAACGAGAUUCCUCUCAGUGACUACCU